ACACCUACACACACACACACCUACACACACACACCUACACACACACCACACACACCCCAAAACACGACUGGGUGUGGUUUGGGCGAGUCUCAGCUACAGGCGGAUUCCUACCGCGCGAUGGCGAUGUCGUGCCUGUCCAGACACAACAGCGGGUUGCGACUUGGAGAGCGGUAGUAGGAGACGCAGAGGAAGACAACGAGCUGACGCGGCCUCCAUCUCCUGGGCAAGGGGCCGGCGUUUCACCAGCUCAUCAGCUCGUCAGCUGGUUAACAAGUCAGCUGGUCAGCUCGUCAGCUGGUUAACAAGUCAGCUGGUCAGCUAGUCAUCUAGUUAGCGAGUCAGCUGGUCAGCGAGUCAGCCACUCAGCUAGUCAUCUAGUUAGCGAGUCAGCUGGUCAGCGAGUCAGCCACUCAGCUAGUCAUCUAGUUAGCGAGUCAGCUGGUUAACAAGUCAGCUGGUUAACAAGUCAGCUGGUUAGCGAGUCAGCUGGUUAACGAGUCAGCUGGUUAACGAGUCAGCUGGUUAACGAGUCAGCUGGUCAGCGAGUCAGCCACCAUGGGUAAGAAGAAACCAGGGAAGAAGGCCGAGGAGGGAGGGGCAGCCGCAGCAGAGGUGGGGGCGGCCGGCCAGGCCAAGGGACAGGCCGGCCAGGCCGAGCAGGCCAAGGGACAGGCCAAGGGACAGGCCGAGCAGGCUGAGCAGGCCAAGGGGCAGGCCGGCCAGGCCAAGGGGCAGGCCGGCCAGGCCGAGCAGGCCAAGGGGCAGGCCAAGGGGCAGGCCGAGCAGGCCAAGGGACAGGCCAAGGGACAGGCCGAGCAGGCCGAGCAGGCCAAGGGACAGGCCAAGGGGCAGGCUGGCCAGGCUGAGCAGGCCAAGGGGCAGGCCAAGGGGCAGGCCGGUCACGGGGACGACCACGGCAAGGGGCAGCCCAAGUGCGGAGGUGGAGGAGGUGGAGGAGGAGGUGGAGGAGGAGGUGGAGGAGGACCCGCGGAGAAAAAGCCUCAGCAGGAGAAAGGCAAAGGUCACCACGGCGAGCACGGCAAAGGCCACGGCACCGAUGCGGCCAAAGGUCACCACGGCGAGCCGGCCAAAGGUCACGGCGGCACCGAUGCGGCCAAAGGUCACCACGGCGAGCCGGCCAAGGGCCACGCGGGGGAGAAGGAGACCAAGGCGGCGGCCGGGGCGGCCUCCCACACGGCCAAGAAGCAGAAGUCCGGCGACAAGCAGCCGCCUGAGCCCGUGCCGGUGCCGGCCGCCGCCUUGACGGCCGGCGUCGCCGCUGCCGGCGGGAUAUCCGACGCCGAUCUCCUGGGAGGGCCGGAGCCGGGGCCCGCGGCUUCGGUGCCGCCCGGCGGCAAGCCCCAGCCGCAGGCCUCGCUGGACCUGGGCGGCCUGGACUUCGACGCCCCGCCGCCGGACGUGGACUGGAGCGCCGGGGGGACGGCGGCGGCCGUCAAGGAGAGGGAGGUGAAGAAGGAGGCCUUCGUGCCGCUCGUCGUCAAGGAGGGGGAAGGGGCCGCCGCCGGGGCCGCCGGGGCCGGGGCCGCCGCCGGGGCCGGGGCCGCCGCCGGGGCCGCCGACGGGAAAGGGCCGAAGAAGUCCGGCGCCGCUGAGAAACCGGCGGCCGCGGUGGCCCAGGUGGCCAAGGUGGCCCAGGUGGCCCAGGGGGCCCAGGUGGCCCAGGUGGCCCAGGGGGCCCAGGGGGCCCAGGUGGCCCAGGGGGCCCAGGUGGCCCAGGCCGCGCCGGUUCCGGCGGCCGGGCAGGCCGGCGACGGCCGGGGGAUAUCCGACGCCGAUCUCCUGGGUGGGCCGACGGCGGCUCCGGCGGCGGUGGCUCCUCCCAAGCCCCGGGGGGAGGCCGCGGUGGACCUGGGCGGCCUGGACUUCGACGCGCCGCCGCCGGACGUGGACUGGAGCGCCGGGGGGACGGCGGCGGCCGCCAAGGAGAGGGAGGUGAAGAAGGAGGCCUUCGUGCCGCUCGUCGUCAAGGAGGGGGAAGGGGCCGCCGGUGCCGGUGCCGGUGCCGGGGCCGCUGCCGGUGCCGCCGGGGCCGCCGCCGGGGCCGCUGCCACCGGCGGCGGGCCCAAGGACCUAGGGGGGCCGCCCGCCAGCACGGCCUCCAAGUCCGUGCCGCUCACUAAGCUGGAGCCCGCCGUCCGCUCCAAGGCUUCCGAGCCUCCGGCCAAAUCCGCCGUCCCUCCUCCUUCUCCUCCUGCUGCUGCUGCUGCUGCUUCUGCUUCGGGCAAACCGUCCUCGCAGCCUCAGGCCAAGAAGCCCUCGGCCUCCUCCUCCUCCACCUCAUCCUCCUCCUCAUCCUCCUCCGCGGUGGCCGAGCCUCAGCUCAAGGCCUCGGCGUGCCAGGUCAAGUCGGCGGCGGCGGCGCCGGUGCCGGUGCCGGCGCCCCAGCAGCGGCCGAUGUUCUGCGUGCCCCCGGCCAAACCGUUCGCCUCCGGCGGACCGGCGCAGGGGAUCUCCGAUUCGGACCUCUUCCUCGGCGGCGUCGGCGUCGGCGUCGGCGUCGCCGGCAAGGGGCAGACGGUGCCCGCCUGCGACCUCGCGGCCAAACCGACGGCGCCCGGCCAGACACGGGCGGCCCAGGAUCAGCAGCCGCAGCCGCAGCAGCCGCAGAAGGUGGCGUGCGAGGGCGUCCAGGCCGGCCUCUCCGCAGGGGCCUCCCUCCCGGGGGCGGCCGCGGCCGCCGGUCCAGGCGAGGCCCAGGCUGCGGGGCGGCCCGCUCAGCCGCCCCUGCCGCUCCCGCCGCCGCCAUCGGCGUCGUCGGGAAUUUCCGACGACGACCUCUUCGGCAUCGUGCCCGACGACCCUCCGGUGGUGGGGCCUCCUCCGGUGGUGGGGCCUCCUCCGGUGGUGGGGCCUCCUCCGGCGGCGGCGGCGGCCUGUCCCGGUGCCAAGGCUUCGGCCGGCGCCUACGAAGACCUGGGCCUGGACUUCGACCGGCCCGCCCCGGACGUCGACUGGUCGGCCAGCGGCAAGCCCCUCGUCAAGGAGGAGGAGAUCAAGGCCACGGUCUACAUCCCACUGGUGGACGACGAGGACGAUGGCGGCAGCGGCGGCGGCGGCGUGGUUGGGGCUGGGGCGGCGGCGGCGGCGGCGGCGCCGGGGGCGGUGAAGGGGGCGGUGAAGGGGGCAGUGAAAGGGGCGGCGCCAGAAGCGGUGAAAGGGGCGGCGCCAGAAGCGGUGAAAGGGGCGGCGCCGGGGGCAGCACCAGGGGCAGCGGCGAAAGGGGCACCAGGGGCAGCGCCAGGGGCAGCGGUGAAAGGGGCGGCACCAGGGGCAGCGCCGGGGGCAGCGGUGAAAGGGGCGGCACCGGGGGCAGCGCCAGGGGCAGCGGUGAAAGGGGCACCGGGGGCAGCCGCAGCAGGGGCGGCACCAGGGGCAGCGGUGAAAGGAGCACCGGGGGCAGCCGCAGGGGCAGCCGCAGCAGGGGUGGCACCAGGGGCAGCACCGGGGGCGGCACCAGGGGCGGCUGUGAAAGGGGCAGCAGUGGCGGCACCGGGGGCAGCGCCGGGGGCUGUGUAA